GAGGAGGGCAAGGCCGCGGCGGCGGCGACGACGACACCCUUCCUCCCCCGACACACAGAGAGAGAGGGGAGGGAGGGAAGGAAAGGGCCGCUGAGUCCGAAGGGAAACUUCGCCGGAGAGUUUCCCGGAGACAUGGACGCCCUCAAGUCCGCCGGACGGGCCAUUAUCCGCAGCCCCAGCUUCGCCAAACAAAGCUGGGGAGGACGGCAUAAGAAGCUUCCAGAAAACUGGACCGACACCAGAGAAACCUUGCUGGAGGGGAUGCUCUUCAACUUGAAGUACCUGGGUAUGACGUUAGUUGAACAGCCCAAAGGAGAGGAGCUGUCUGCUGCUGCUGUCAAAAGAAUUGUAGCAACAGCAAAAGCAAGUGGGAAGAAACUCCGGAAAGUAACUCUGAAAGUGUCUCCCAGAGGAAUAAUUCUCAGUGACAGCAUAACAAAUGAACCUAUUGAAAACAUCUCCAUAUACAGGAUAUCCUACUGCACAGCAGACAAAGUGCAUGACAAGGUGUUCGCCUAUAUUGCCCAGAGUCAGCACAACGAGAACCUGGAGUGCCAUGCGUUCCUCUGUGGCAAAAAGAAAAUGGCUCAAGCCGUCACCCUCACAGUUGCUCAGGCAUUCAAAGUGGCAUUUGAAUUUUGGCAGGCCUCCAAGGAAGAGAAGGAGAAGCGGGAGAAGGCCAUCUUGGAAGGAGAGAGCACAAGCAGCCCAAGUUCGGAUAUCUCAGCCAAGGGAUCAGUCACUACAGAGAACCUACUAGACCUGGAGAACGUUGCUAAAAUGCCUUUGACUGUGAACACCAACUCUGUGCACUUAGACAGCAGCAUCUUUAGGCCGCAUUCAUCAGAAAACAACAAUGUUGUGUGGGCAAUGGAUGACGGGCUGGAUGAAGCGUUUUCAAGAUUGGCACAGUCUCGAACUAAUCCUCAGGUCCUCGACAUUGGUUUGACUGCUCAGGAUCUCCAAAGUGAAAUCCUGUCACCUGUUGACUGGGACAAAGUAGAUUCUGUGACGGCAGGAGAAAAAGAUGACCAUCUCUUUGGGUUCUGACGCUUUGUCUUCAUUUUCUCCUGACAAGCUUUUUCAAAUUAAUUAACCACUAGGAACUUGAUGCACUGCAGUCUGGGUGAUUUUAACUGGAGUUGGUUAUUGAGGAGGGGAGGACCAGCUAUCAAUUUUGUUCAGCUGGAUGGUGUUGUGGCACCCUGCAACUCUUUUGACCAAAGCUUUAGCUAUUUUAAUACAUCUUUAUACAUGAUGUUUCUUUCCUUCUUUCUCCUUUUUUUCUGGAGGGAGGUCUUUUCCUGUAUGUAAACGAUGAGACACUCCUUGAGCGUAUUUAUUCAAGAACCCCUUCAGUUUACAUAUAUUAUGGAAAUUUUGUAGCAUCAUCUAACUUAACAUUACAGUAUUAGACAGCUUUUCCCACUGGAAUACACAUGCUAGAAGAUAGCAUCAGCUCUAUCUUUUGAAAGGGUCUGCUGUACAACAUCAGAGUGAUUGGGAUUACAUUGGCCUUUUCUCAAGAUAAGCGUCCCAGCAAGGCAGGAGUUUCACUGGGGAGAAAGAGUUGGGAGCUGUGUGGCUGCUUAAAGCGGAGAGACAUUGGAGACUAGGAGAUGUGUUUGUGAGGCUAUAUUAUGGAAGACAGGAGAGUUGUUGUUGGUGGCCUUCUAGUCAACUGGCCCAUCCCACAGUCUUAUAGAUAGUCCCUUAGCAGCUACAUGCACAGGACAUAACUAGAUGGAGAUAAUCACAGGGAUCAGUAGGUUUCUUUCAGUACUUCUCAUCCACAGUCUGAAGAAAACCACCCAGUCUGUGACCCAUGCAGACCAGAAUUGAUGAAACUGCCCUCUUAAUCGAUGAAAGCCACUUGUCAUAUCCAACUUUUUCAGAGGCUGUGGCAGAGAGACGGAUAAGCCAUGUGAAGGUCUGUAUGUGGAUGGCUAGAGAACCACAAAGUCAGCCUGUUCUCUCCUUCUCAGUCAUCAAGGUCACAAACCCAAUAAAAGCUUCUCCCCUGAGUCCUGCCCAGCAUCCACCAACUCAGCCUUGUGGUAUCUCCACCACUCGGGAGAGGCCAGUUCCCUGUAUUGAGGACCCCAGUAACAGUUGUGCAUGUGUAGCUUGAUUCAUGUUGUCAGGAUCAGAAAUUUCCACAUGGAAAAGUAGCCAAUUUCCCUGAAAACCUGGUUCAUACUGCAACAUCCUGCCAGGAAUAUACUCAGACAUAAUUCAUUCUUGGCCACUUCUGUCAUCCUUGAAUUUCCUGGAGCUGGGUAAAAACAUGCACAUGAAUGGGACAGAAGUGGUGUGGCCUGACAUGUGUUGAGCCCCCUUUUCCUACUGGGCUGGACAGAGGGGGGCCCUAUGUGGUUUCCAUGCACUCUUAGGUCUAGUAUGUUCAUACAAUAGACAAGAGUCUUUCCCUGCAUUUCAUACUCAAGUGGCAAGAUCACAUAUUUAUAUAUUCAUCUUUUCGAUUAAUAAAGGAAAAAACAAGCUCACCGUACACAGACAACUAGAAUGUGAGAGAAGAAUGUUCUUCUUUAACCUUCUCCCUACCAUGCUUGUUUUCUGUUUGCGGGGAAGGUUGGAGGGAGGGAGUCUUGCAAUAACACUGAAUGCUGCCUUUUUAAAACAAAACAAAACACAUGUUCAUUUUUUUAUUCACUGUGUGUUAAUCUGCUUUUUGUGUGGCCCAGGACCACCCCCCAACUGAGAAUUUUGUUAGGAAUGGAGAUGCACAGAUGGUAGAGGAGGAAGGCCACAGCUUUCUCAGAAGAGGCCUUGUGGGUGAAGGAGAGAAGCUGUGUGUUUGUAUGCAACUGAAAGAGAGAAAAAAAGGAAAGGUUGUGUUUUGUCUCUGUGCCUACCAAGUUUUGAAGUUACAGUAUUGUGUUGAUUCUCCUUUGUGUUGAACUACUCCAGCCUCACUGAAUAAUGCUUUGAAUUCUGCAUUUUUUCACCCCUUCAGAUGAGUAAGAUCUGCUUGUAUUCUUCCUUUAAACACACUUCCUCUCCACACACAAAUGGGGAUAGGUCUUCAGCAAAACAAUAUUACCCGACAAAAAUUUAUGGGACCAAUGCCUGCCUGUGUUUAGGUGGCUUCAAAAUCAUCUUUAGUUGUGUUGCAUUUGCUCUGAAAUGCAUCUCCCUAUAUUGGAAACAGGAAAUUGUGAUGGCCGAUCAAACUCAGAGAACAAAAUAGUUGCCUUUGGAAUAUUCAGUGAACAAAAAUAAGUGAUUUCUUUCUAAUCCACUUUCAGUUGGAGUAGGCAUACUUUAUCUUUAAGACUUGUAGCUUUGCACUAUAAAAACAAAACUUGAACUGAAAUUUGGAUUCAGGUGUCACAACAAGGUUGUGUGACUCUGUAACCUUUCUUUAUCUGCCCUUUUGAAAAUACUGUUUCCUCAGAAAGGCACUACAUUCAUCAGAUAUUCUUUCUCAGACUGACCUCUUUUGCUCUUUUGCAGCGGAAAACAUUUGAAGACACGUCCAUCACAUUGAUGGAGAUUAUAGACAAUUCUGCUUUCCCUUGCUCUUUUUACAUUUACUAUCUAGGAGGGAAUUUAUUGCUGAGGUUUUGCUAUCCGUUGACAGCAAUGGACCUUAUGGUUCUUGUAUUUCUUCUUUCUUCCUUUUCUUCUACCAUCACCACCUUCUCUUCUUCACCUUCUCCUUGUCUUCAUCUUCUUCUUCCUCAUCUCCUUCUUCCACUUCUUUCUCCAACUGCUUUCUUUCUCUUCCUUUUAUUACUCUUCUUCAUUUCUUCUUUCUUCAUAUACUUCCUCCUUGCUUCUGAUAUUUUAUUCUUUCUAACUCUCAUUCAUCCCUUACUCUUUUCAUUUCUCCCUCUCUGCUUCCUCCUUUUCUUCUUUGUCCUUCUCCUUUUCCUCUUUGUAAAGGCAACUCCCAUUUCUAUUUCAACAAAAAACUUAUUGUUCCCUCCACAUUUAAGCCACUAAAUUGAAAGAUGUCAAUUUGUCUUUAAAAAAUAUCAGACAUUCCCUUGGCCUUUCUAUUGUAAAAAGGAUCAUUACAUGGUUGUUGAUAUAUAUAUGUGUAUGUGUGUGUUCCCUCUUCUCUCCUUCUACCCACCUGCAGUUCUUGCAAAAGCUGAGAAAAGAAUGUCUCAGCCUGGCUUCUCAUUUUGUAAGACUGGAUUUAGAAAAUUAAAUAAUGGAAGAAGCAGGAUUAUGGUCAUUAAGAGAUUACGCUAAACAGUGAUCCUGAAUAGCUGCGCUGUGACACAGUUUGCCGUGUUUGUGGCCUUGUUCGAAAUAUACUAAUCUGUUUUAUAGAUUUCUAAUUCAUAAUUGGCCUCUGAAAUGCUCAUUUCACUGUCCCCAAAGACCCUUGUUUAUAAACUUCUUUAUACUACCGUUGGGCAAAAUAAAACUUGUCAGACUUUCUGUUUGGAGACUGGCAGACAGAUGAAUCUGAAACAAGAUAGUUUUGAAGCUUAGAACUUGUAUGCUUUGUGUACUAUGUUGGCCCCAUAGGGGUCAAAGGAAUCUUCUUCUCAUGAAAAUGGGAAUUUCUGUAGUGUGCUCUGAUUUGCACAUAGCGCAAACUCUUCUGCUGUUUGGGUAGACCAUACGAUGCCAGUGAAAGAUCUCAACUAAAACAUGUCUGUCUAGAUGUAGACAUCAUGCAAAGGAAUCUUGUAGCACCUUUGAGGAGAACCGUGUGAAGGAAGUGGUAGCAUAAGCUUUCAUAGACCGUCUAUGAAAGCUUAUGCUACAGUUUCUUUCGCACAGUUAGUCUCAAAGGUGCUAGAAGAUCCCUGUACAUACUGAUGUUGCAGACUAACACAGCUAUGCCUCUGAAAUCUAGAUGUAGACAGUAUCCCUCAUCUGCCCAGAAAUAGAGUAAGGCCCCCAAAUAGACCUUUGGCCUACCCAUGGCGAUGAAUGAGAUGGUUGACUUGAUGCAAUCAAUUCAGGGGGAUGUGAGGGGACCAUGUUGUACAUGGUUGUAAAAUCUCUGCUUUAAAAUAUCUAGCACAUAACAGAGCAAUAUUGUAGCUUUGCCCAUUCAUGCUGAUCAUUAUCUACUGACAUGGGGUUUUUUCAUGUCGAGGGGAAUUUUUAAAAAUUGAUUCUUUCCCCAUGUCAACAGACUGAAAAAGUACACUCUUAAAAUAAGUGUACCUCAGGUCUCUUAUCACCUCAUUCCCUUCCAUGAGUAGACUCAAUUUAACUUUCUGUGGCAGGGCAGGGAGCUUGAUCAUUAAGAAAAUUGCAGAAAGACUAGCAUAAGAUAUUUCAUCUCUAUAUGAAUAUUUUAUUCUUUCCUUCGAAAGAUAUUUGGAGUACAUUACAUACGAUGCACAAUAUAAUGCUUCCAUGUAUAUACUUAAACUUGUGCUGUAAAUGCCUUUGGAAAAAGAAUAAACAUUUUGACUUUUUUCCCAAA